UGCCAACCGCUGGCAGUUUUAUUUUAGCACAAUGCCGAAUCGCCCGACGCGGAAGAAAGAUCUCCGCCUUAUCCUCCAGUAUUUCCUGGCCUUAUUCCUUUGGAUCCUCCUCCUCGCGGAUUCGGCUAAUGGAAUGCGAUGCAGAAUUCCCUACGAGAGGGUUCGCGAAAACUAUUGCUACUUUGUUGCCGACGAAGAGCCGCUGCACACAUCAUUCCACAACUUCUGCUACCAGGAUAAAAGAACCUCGCGGGUUUGCCUGGAUAGCGAGGAGGAGAUGAGGUUUCUGGCGCAGCACCUCUACGAGAUGGGCUACCCGAAUGGAACCCAGUUCUGGAGUGCCGGCCAUCGGUGGCCAGGCGACAAUCGAUUCUACUGGAACUACUUUGGAAGAGCCCGACCUCUAAGUUAUUCAAACUGGGCGGUGGACGAGCCCACUCCACAGAUGGGUCGCAAUUGCCUGAUCCUUACACUGCAAAAUGGAGAAUUGGUAAUGAGCAGCGAAUCCUGCUACACUCGAGCCGUCGAUAUCUGCGAGCAGACGCUAAACGGCACGGAUUCCCGUCAAGUUAUCCACUGAUCGGUAUACUUAUUCGAAUAUCUACAAAUGUACCUUACCCUGUUGCAAAAAUCCCAAAGAACAAUAAACUAAUAAUUGAUUUUAAAAGAUUUAUUAUGGUAAAGUUAUGAUAAAUAAUUAAAAAAAAAUAUUUUUUGCAAGCAGUGGGAACUUCUCAGUCAAAUAGCGUUACUAAACAAGAAUAUAUGUUUACAUAUGUUUAUUCGUAUAAUCGGAAACGGUCCCGCUCGCCACAAUAACAAAGCCUUCUGUCAUAUCAACACUUUUAAAACGAACUGAGUAAUUCUCAUGAUAACGACAAUACACAGUAUAUAAACUUAUUAUUUACAAGUCUUGUACAGUCUUUGCAGUUGGCAAAUAAAGUGAAAAAUAUCCAAAUUAAACGGAUAAUGAUAACCUCUGGUAACGGUUUUGAUUUUAUUUUCAGCUAGUAAAUCUUAGUAUUCAGUUUUGCAUCAAAAAUUGCACGCCAUAAAAUGGCUCAAGCACUAUCAAGCACUGGCACGAGAAAACAUAUAUACUAUAAAACAAUUUUAUUGAAGUGUAGAUUAUAAGUCUACAUCGCUGGGAAAAGAAUAAAAAAAUGAGGGCUUUGUUCAUUGUUGACUUGCAAACGAAUCAGAGAACGUCGCAAAAUGCGAAUAUUAUUUUGCUUGGGAAUACUUUUGAUAGCUGGCUGCAGAAGUGAAACUGUGUUUGAUCGGAUCGGCGAUGGAUACUAUUUUAUAGGCAAUGAAAAAUCUGUUAGUUACAAUAUUUGCCUAAAAUCAAAAAUAUAUUGUUUAAAGUGAAUAUAGUACGAAAAUAAAAUUUAUAUAUAUAAACUGUGAUUCUUUAUGAAGUGUUCUUAUCUGUUUGCCAUGAUUGUAGAACUUAGUGCACUUAGUGUGAAUCAAGUCAGUCAAUCUUGUUUAUGAAGUGGAUUGUCGAAUAACUCGUGACACAAAAAAAUAAAAAAUAAAAAAAAAUUAAAAAAGCGACUCACUUCUUUGACUGGUUCGUCGCACGAAGUGAUUGCUGGAAGAGAAUGGCGAACCUUGUUUCCGUGGAGACGAAGGAGGAAUUGAGUCUGCUGGAGCGAUACAUCGUAUCGAAGGGCUUUCCGAAUGGCAGCACUUUUGCCACCUCGGGCCACAGUUUCAAAAGCGCAUUUCCCUACUCCUGGGAAGCCGUGGACUCACCUUUGACCUUCACCCGCUGGCUGCCUGGAACCGAGGUUCAGGUCGAAAGGACCUACCUCAGCCUACAACUGGCGAACUCCUCACUGUACAUGCGAAAAUCCUACGGCUACGAUGAUUACUAUAUCUGCGAGUACCAUUUCUCUCCUUGGCAAAUAUGGCUUUCGCUGGAGUCGAGCACCAGGAUUAUUGUAUUUUUUGGAGGGUUUGCAGUCUGGACUAUUGCACUUGUUCUUUUUAUUCUUAGGAAAUUGCAUAGGAGUUCAAGUAGACAGAAAAACGACAAGGUUUCGCUAUUAGAAAAGGUAUAAUAAUAGUAAUAAUAAUAUUAUACUUAAUAAGUGUAUUUGCUGUUGCUUAUCGUUUGUUAUCAAUUGAAACUAUCAAGUAAGCUUUUAAAAGCCAAGCUGUUAAUACGAAUUUUUGAUAAGCUGUUUCCUGCAAAAGUCGGACUUCCCUACUUUGUUACCUUUUUAUUUGUUGGUUUAUAAAUUUUUAAUUGCCACUAUAGCCCCCUAAAUUGUAAACCCCCUCGACGUCCUUGUCUUGUUUACUCUACAAAUGAUUAGUAAGCAAUAAAUUAACUUGAGUUCGAAAA